GAGAAAAAUGGAAACCCCCAACUCUGCUGCUUCAAGCUGCUCACACUGAAGCUUCACUCAGAGACAAAAUGGCUUCCAUGUUAGAGGAGGAUCUCUGCUGUCCAGUCUGUCAGGAAGUCUUUAAGAAUCCGGUUGUUCUGUCAUGUAGCCACAGCUUCUGUAAGGAAUGUCUAAAGAACUGGUGGAGAGAGAAACCAUCAAGACAGUGUCCAGUUUGUAAGAGGAAAUAUUCAAAGGCGGAACCACCUAUAAACUUGGCUCUGAAGAACCUGUGUGAGACUUUCUUACAGCACAGAGAUCAGAGAGCUUCAGAGGAUCUCUGCAGUCUGCACUCUGAGAAACUCAAACUCUUCUGUCUGAACCAUCUAAAACCAAUUUGCUCCAUCUGCAGAGGUUCAGAAAAACACACCAACCACAGAUUCAGACCCAUCGAUGAAGCUGCUCAGCAACACAAGAAGAAACUUCAGGAAACUCUGGAACCUUUAAAGAAGAACCUGGAGCUGAAGAAGAAAGUUAAAAAGAAGUUUUAUUGGACAACAGAACACCUGAAGGUCCAGGCCCGACACACAGAGAGGCAGAUUGUUGAGCAGUUUAAGAAGCUUCAUCAGUUUCUAGCAGAGGAAGAGGAGGCCAGGCUGGCUGCACUGAGGGAGGAAGAGGAGCAGAAGAGAGGGAUGAUGAAGGAGAAGAUGGAGGCUCUGAGCAGAGAGAUAGCAGCUCUUUCAGACACAGUCAGAGCCACAGAGGAGGAGCUGAGAGCUGCAGACGUCUCAUUCCUGCACAACUACAAGGCUGCAGUGGAAAGAGUCCAGCGCUGCCCCCUGCUGGAGGAUCCACAGCUGCCCUCAGGAGCUCUGAUAGACCAGGCCAAACAUCUGGGCAACCUGGCCUUCAACAUCUGGAGCAACAUGAAGAACAUGGUGACCUACAAUCCGCUGGUUCUGGACCCAAACACGGCUCAUCCAGGACUCCACCUGUCUGGAGAUCUGACCACUUUGACUGUAGGAGACGAACAGCAGCUUCCUGAUAAUCCAGAGAGGUUUGGUACCUGGUGUUCUGUCCUGAGCUAUGGGGGUUUUAACUCAGGGAACCACAGCUGGGAUGUUGAUGUUGGAGACAGUGAAUACUGGAGACUUGGUGUGAUACCAGAAUCUGUCCAGAGGAAGGGAAUCAUACAGUCUGGAUGGUUGGCUAUAUGGUUUUAUGAAGGUAAAUAUAAAGCAGAGUUUCCACCAGCUCCUCCAACGUUUCUCUCAGUCCAGAAGAAACUCCAGAGGAUCAGAGUGAAUCUGGACUGGGACGGAGGAAAGCUGUCGUUCUCUGAUCUGGAUACUAACACACACAUACACACUUUCAGACACACCUUCACUGACAAGAUGUUUCCAUAUUUCAGCACUUGGAAUAAAAUAAAACUCUUACCGAUGAAGAUCUCAGUGAUCAAACAGCAGCUCUGAGGUUCUCAACAUGAAGAACAAAAGUCCAAAUGAAACCUUAUUGAUCAGAUUAAAACUGGUCUGAUGUUCUGGUUCUUGACUCUAUAACUGGAUGUUGGACUUCUUGACCAACUGGGCAUCUUUAUCUGUCCUAUUGAACACUGAGACUCCUCAGGGUUGUGUCCUCGGCCCACUGAGAUGGUAACUGCUCAGAGGAAGUUGUUAGAAAUUAUUUCUGGAAAUUUGUGUCUCCCUCUUUUCUCAUCAUGAGUUCUGCAGGAUCCAGACCUGAAUGUUGAAUGUUUGUGAUUUUCUGUUAAAUCUGGAAUAUGACUCCUCCACAAUAUAAAGGACAAUAGUGAAGUUUGAGCUCUCCCUCAUUCUUUAAAGAGACAGUAAUCAUUCUGUAUGUAAACUUCUGGGCUUGAAGACUUUCAUGUAAAUAUCUUACAGAUUCUUUCAUUAUCAUUUAGCAAAUAGAAAUUAUUUUGGUUAUUCUAAACUGAAACAAGAAAACUUUGGUUCUGAUUCAGUGUGGAUUAUGGAGUACCUCAAGGUUCAAUUUUAGGCCCUUUUUUUAUUUAUUUUUUGUUUGCAUAAGAAAAUCAAUAUCUCUUUUCACUGCUUUGCUGAUGAUGUGCACGUAUACCGUAAUUUACGCACUAUAAGGCGCACCUAAAAACCUUC